AUGGACCUUGAGUCUGGCAAUAAAGUUGAUGAUGAUGAUGAUGAUGAUGAUGAUGAUGAUGUUUUCCUUUUUUAUUUGCAUUUCGUUCUGGCAUGGCCUCAGGUCCUGACUAUUACAUGUAGGCGGAUAUAUAAACACUGGAUUUUCUCUUGUUCAGCACCAGGAAGGCUGAAGCCACACACUGACACUGAGAUAGACGAAGAGAAGAUCAUUCUGAAACAGGUUACCAUCAUCCUUAACAACUCCGCCAUGAAGAUGCUGACUGUGUGUGCACUUCUGUGUGCAAUGGUGGCUCUGACUGGAGCUUAUCCAGGCAUUUUGAAGGCAACUCAAAAUCCAAUUCCAACAGACACAGAUACGACUACUACGACUAUUACUACGACUCCAAAUUUGCCUGUAACAGAGGACCCUUUUGGUGGCUGGAGGCCAUAUUGUCCUGACGGUUGGACAAUGUUCAACACUCGUUGUCUCCUCUACGUUCCAAAGAAUAUGACUUGGGCUCAAGCUGAGCAACACUGCAGGUACAUGACUGGAAAUCUUGCAUCUGUAAUCAACACUGAGUACUCUGACCAGAUUCAAAAGGUGUUGCAGAGUGCCGGUCAAAAGUCUAAACAGAUAUGGGUUGGAGGCUAUAAUACACCAGAGCGUUCUUGGUCCUGGACCGAUCCUUAUUUAUUUCACGGAUUUCAUGACUGGUGUAUCCACUCCGAUGUGGAGCCCGAGAACCCCACUGUGGAGUCCAAGAACCACUGUCUACAAAUAACCUUUGAAGAAAAUGCGUCAGGAUGCUUGGACGACAUGCAGUGUGAUGCUGAGCUCCCCUCAGUCUGCAGCAUUAUCAUCAUGUGAAUCCUGGGCUGAAAAAGAGGCAAGAUCCAUCUGUAUCUUACAGCUUUAUUUCUUUUCUCUUGCUUUAAUGCUUCUUAAGGAACGAAGUCAACUGACCCAAAGAGGAGCUGAAUUGUCUCUUAGAGUCUGUUUACACUUGGUUAAAAUGAAGUAAUCCGAGGACAAGUUAACAGCUGAGAUACAUCGCUGUUCACAUCUGUGUCUAUCAUGCAUCUCCAGCUGACCACUUGUGUUCACAUUUCUUUUCUGCCUACAUCACUGCCAAAGGUAUAUAUAUAUAUAUAUAUAUAUAUAUAUAUAUAUAUAUAUAUAUAUAUAUAUAUAUUAACAUAUAUACAUGCACACACACACAUAUAUAUACGUGUAUAUAUCAUGUAUAUAUAUAGCUGUGGCAGUGACGUAGGCAGAAACGAAAUGUGAAUGUAGCUGAUUAGCCUAAGGCAUGGUCUAAAACUCUUUAUACAGAUUUUUCUAGAUGUCAAUGGGAGAAAUGAAUGGGAAAUUUACUUCAGGAUCCCAAGGCCUCUCGUAGGAGGGGCGAAGCAAUUGAGCUCUAUUGUGUUCAAAUUUCGUUUCUGCCUACGUCACUGCUACAGCUAUAUAUAUAUAUAUAUAUAUAUAUAUAUAUAUAUAUAUAUAUAUAUACUGUAUAUAUCGCUGUCAGCUGAAUCAAACACAUCUCCUUCCAAAUGGCAAAACUAUGGACUAUCACCAACAAUUUGUCCAAUUCAUUGUAAAAUGGGCCAGUUAUAGAGGGUUGUCACACUGUCACCGCAACAACAACCUGUCCUGCAUUGAUAACGUAUUUUCCUGUUAAUGCCUUGUCAGGGACACAUCAGGGCGCAUUAGCGUUUACACUACAGAAAAAAUGUGGUCAAAUGCGUCACAGACCACCUCGGCAAGUGGUUUGAGUGAUCGGAUCACAAUGCAUCUUGGUUUAACACUGUCCACUCGUGAUCUGAUCGCCCAAGACACAUUUUAUAAAACACAGCGUAACCAGGAUCUUAUAUCUCAUGACUUUAAAAAAGAGCAGACCGAAUGCUUUUAGCACAACUUUAGUCUGCUUUAGUAACAGACUGGCAAUUACUCAAGUGGAAAUAUGGAAAAUGAUCCUGAAUUCGAUACGAGACAACAAAAAACAUUUGACACCCGAUUUUGAGAGAGUAAACUAUCAUAAAAAGCGAUGAGGCAGCAUUUAUUUGUUAACAGCCAACUACUAAAAACAACAAUUUUUUUUAUCUAUACAGUUUUGAUGAGUUGCCUGUAGAGCAUUUAGCUGUAAUUUGUGUUUUUCUGCAGCCUAAGAGACAUGUAAACACAAAGUUUGAUUCAAUCAGAGAGUUGAUGAUGUGUUUCGGCGGUGUUGGCCUGAGGAGGUGAGGACAAUGGCGGACACAUUUGAAUACAUACCCAGUUCCGGCCAUGGACGGACAGUCAAACUGUGGACUUCUGAACAACACAGACAUUUAAAACGACCCCUCCUUCUUCUUCAGUGACAUUUUGCAGAAGUACACAAGCUCUGAAUUCUAGCUGCUGGAUGAAAACCCGACCUCACUGAACAUUCCCUCACAGUACUAAACCUGAAACAUGAGCUUUUUUUUUUCAAAUAAGAAAAGUUGGGUUCCUUUUGUUGGCUUGAACAGAUGUGGUUAUUAAAUACUACACCUGUGUUUAACUCUGAUUUAUUUUCAGACAGUAAACCUUUGUUUCUUCUCUCAUUGUAGCGUUAUAGAUAAUUGAGAUCAGAUUGUGUUGUUGGACAUGGACAUGGUUUAAAUUGAAAGACUUGUUGGAGAUUCCACAGUAACUCUUUGUAGCUUUAAAGUGAACAAACUUUAAACAAACCGUUUUGGAGACUCAAAUUCCUGUUUCUUUUAAUUCGGAGCGAGGCAGAAGGGGUCAUGUAGAAAAUGUAGUGUGUAUGCGCAAAAUAAUAAACUGUGGUCUCAAAUUAUAAAAUCAUGCUUUUAGGCCAAACAUUAAAUGGUACGGUUUAAUAUUUUUAUAGACAGAAUCUGAAGUAAUUUGUUUUCUGAUGGAUGCAGGUGUCACUGAGAGUCAACACAUUCAGAGUCAACACUGUUCACAUUCAAGCAAGCUUUAUUAAUGCUAUAAUGCAGAUUGAUAACAUGAGAUAUGAGCUCGGCUAUAUACAGCUCUGCAGGUACGUGUGGUUGUCGAGAACAAGUACACACACUGUGUGGAUAUACACUCUAUACAGCAUUCACCAACAAAAAGACACAUUAGUUUGUAAGUCUGAGCAGGAUUUACAUCAGCAUCUCAUUUUGUCUCCAUCUUGUGGUAUUUUUGGUUAAAUUCAGUUUGGGGACAUAAAAUGUAAAAACAAUCUGAAAAACCUGACUUCAUUUCGACUAAAAUAAUCUGGUUCAUUUGUUUUACGACAGAUCUAAUAAUCAGUUUUUGCUUUAACCAGGUUAUAAUUGAAUUGAUUACGUCACGUGCAACUUAAACUUCAUUCUUCUGUAGCGCUCCCCGUUUCGUCCGUUUGUGUUCAUUUUCAAGCUUAUAUGAGUUCAUCUCAGUAGCUGCAAGAAACAAAAGAACAACAAAAUCAAUCACUAAUUGAUCAUUAAACCUACAUUGUGUAAUUGUUUGAGUUGAUUCUUAGCAAAAAAAACUUUGUUCUUUCACAAAUAUGUGCUCAUUCAUGUGUAAUUACUUCCCCCAACUAAUCAAUGUAUUCUCGUAAGCGUUAGAGAAUUUUUGUGUUUUACAAUCAUUCAGAAUACAUACGAGCGAGUCGCUGGAAUGACGGCCGGCAUGUUGUGCCUCCAUCUUUAAAAUACAUCAGCCAAAGAGGGACAUACCUCCGCCUUUUGCCCUUUUACACUCAGUUGCACCAUGACGAAUGCCAGGGGGAGAUUACAGGCAAAGCAUCAAGACUAAAGUUAAUAUUGGAAUAUAGCAGUUAAAACGUGAUCGGAAUGGGAGGGGCUAGAAAGUAAUAUUCAGUUGGUUGUCAUAUACUAUUUCACCGCUAGAUGGGAGGAAUUAUUAAACAAUGUAGCUUUAAAGAUUGGCAGAUGAUGUUAGAUACUAGGUUGAAAAUAUAUUAUCAGUUCUCUCUUUUCUGUCAUAUUGAAAGGAAC